AUGCCCAUCCUGCUGUUCCUCAUAGACACGUCCGCCUCUAUGAACCAGCGCACAGACCUGGGCACCUCCUAUUUGGACAUUGCCAAAGGCGCUGUGGAGUUAUUUUUGAAGUUGCGCGCCCGGGACCCGGCCAGCCGCGGAGACAGGUACAUGCUGGUCACCUACGACGAAUCCCCGUACUGCAUCAAGGCUGGUUGGAAGGAAAAUCACGCAACGUUCAUGAGCGAACUAAAAAAUCUUCAGGCUUCUGGACUUACUACUCUUGGUCAGGCUCUAAGAUCCUCAUUUGAUUUGUUAAAUCUCAAUAGAUUAAUAUCUGGAAUAGACAAUUAUGGACAGGGGAGAAAUCCAUUUUUUUUAGAACCGUCUAUUUUAAUUACCAUCACAGAUGGAAACAAGUUAACAAGUACUGCUGGUGUUCAAGAAGAGCUUCAUCUUCCUUUGCAUUCUCCUCUGCCUGGAAGUGAACUAACCAAAGAACCUUUUCGUUGGGAUCAAAGGUUAUUUGCCCUGGUGUUGCGUUUAACUGGGGUGGCUUCUACUGAACCAGAGCAUCUAGGGAGUGUACCAACUGAUGAAUCUGCCAUCACACAGAUGUGUGAAGUCACAGGAGGUCGCUCUUACUGUGUUAGAACACAAAGAAUGUUGAAUCAAUGUUUAGAAUCUUUAGUUCAAAAAGUUCAGAGUGGUGUAGUUAUUAAUUUUGAAAAAACCGGACCAGAUCCACUUUCUAUUGGAGAAGAUGGACUUAUGGAUUCAUGUAGACCAAGCAAUUCGUUUGCUGCUCAGCCAUGGCACAGUUGUCAUAAACUCAUUUAUGUACGACCUAACUCUAAAACUGGUAUUCCUGUUGGACAUUGGCCAAUUCCAGAAUCUUUCUGUCCAGAUCAGAAUUUACCUUCACUACCUCCACGAACAUCUCAUCCUGUUGUGAGGUUCUCCUGUGUAGAUUGUGAGCCAAUGGUAAUAGACAAACUUCCCUUUGACAAAUACGAACUUGAACCUUCACCCUUAACUCAGUACAUCUUGGAACGAAAGUCUCCUCAUACCUGCUGGCAGGUAUUUGUUACUAGCAGUGGAAAAUAUAAUGAACUUGGAUAUCCAUUUGGUUAUUUAAAAGCCAGUACAACUUUAACUUGUGUAAACCUCUUUGUGAUGCCUUACAACUACCCAGUUUUACUUCCUCUUUUAGAUGACUUGUUUAAAGUUCACAAGCUUAAGCCAAAUCUGAAGUGGCGACAGGCUUUUGACAGCUACUUAAAAACUCUGCCUCCGUACUACUUAUUACCAUUAAAGAAAGCACUAAGGAUGAUGGGAGCUCCAAAUCUGAUAUCAGAUAAUUUAGAUUGUGGACUUAGUUACAGUGUUAUCUCUUACCUUAAAAAACUCAGCCAACAGACCAAACUAGAGUCAGAGCGAAUACUAGCAUCAGUGGGGAAGAAACCUCCCCAGGAAAUUGGAAUCAAAGUGAAAAAUCAUUCUGGAGGUGGCAUGUCUUUGACUCACAAUAAAAAUUUUAGAAAACUAUUGAAAGAAAUCACAGGGGAAACUGCACUGAGACUGACAGAGCUGAAUACCAAAGAAUUUGCUGGCUUUCAAGUAGGGCUCUUAAACAAGGAUUUGAAACCUCAGACAUACAGAAAUGCUUAUGAUAUUCCACGUAGAGAUCUCUUAGACCAGUUGACCAGAAUGAGAUCCAAUCUGCUGAAAACGCACAAGUUUAUUGUUGGACAAGAUGAAGAUUCUCUUCAUAGUGUUCCGGUCGCACAAAUGGGUAACUAUCAGGAAUAUCUGAAGACGCUGCCUUCUCCUCUACGAGAGAUUGAUACAGAUCAACCAAAAAGACUUCAUACUUUUGGCAAUCCAUUUAAACAAGAUAAGAAGGGAAUGAUGAUUGAUGAAGCAGAUGAGUUUGUAGCAGGGCCACAAAACAGAGUGAAACGUCCUGGAGAACCCAGCAGUCCUAUCUCAUCUAAGAGAAGGCGGAGUAUGUCUCUGCUGUUGAGGAAACCACAAACACCGCCUACUGUAACUAACCAUGUGGGCGGAAAGGGACCACCCUCAGCCUGGUGGUUCCCAUCUUAUCCAAACCUCAUAAAACCCACCCUUGUACAUACAGAUGCUACUUCCAUUCAUGAUAUCCAUGAAGAGAAGAUGGAAAAUGGUCAAACCCCACCUGAUGGCUUUUUGUCAAAAUCUGCUCCACCAGAGCUUAUGAAUAUAACAAGAGAUGGUAUUCCACCCAACCAAUUGGAUUCUCUGUCUGAUGACUUCAGUGGCCUCAGAAAAGAUGGACUGAUUCACAAACCUCGUAAUAAUGCAGUUGUAGGAGGAGCCAAAAAUUGUAAUCUCUCUGUAGAUGACCGAAAAGUCACAGUAGCAUCUACUUUGGGAACUGAGCAAAAUACAUUGCAAAUAACUCCUGCUAUGGCACAAGGAAUCAAUGCUGAUAUAAAACAUCAAUUAAUGAAGGAAGUUCGAAAGUUUGGACGAAAGUAUGAAAGAAUUUUUAUUUUGCUUGAAGAAGUGAAAGGACCUCUGGAGAUGAAGAAACAGUUUGUUAAAUUUACCAUCAAGGAAGCUGCAAGGUUUAAAAGACGAGUCUUAAUUCAGUACCUUGAGAAGGUACUAGAAAAAAUAGAUUCCCACCAUCUUCCCAACAAUAUUAAUCACAUCAACAGCAGAUCACCAUGUUAA